CACGCCUUACGACGCCACCAAAUACAGGGACUGUACCACCGGGUUUAACAGCAAUCCUCUCUGUCAACUCGGAUUACGGAUAGAUAUGAGCUGAGCCAGUAAUCAUGCUGCGCGCCCUCACACCCCACGCAUGGGCUCCGCGCGCCAACGCAGCCGCACGACUCAUAUCAACCGCCACGCCUCGAUUGGUGAAAGCCAUGCCGCAGCGCCCCGCGCCAAUCCCCGAGGAAGAGUUCACUGAAGCGUUCCUCUGCGGAUCCGGCCCUGGCGGUCAGAAAAUUAAUAAAACUUCCUCCGCUGUACAACUCAAGCACCUUCCCACGGGCAUUGUGCUGAAAGUGCAGGCGACACGAUCAAGAAGCCAGAAUCGGAAGAUUGCGAGGGCGAUGUUGGCGGAGCGGGUGGAGCUACUGGAGAAGGGGCCGGAGAGUCGAGUGGCUAUUGUGGGAAAUGUGAAGGCUAAGAGGAAGAGCAGCGCAAGCAAGAAGAGUAAGAGGAAGUAUAAGGCUUUGGAUGAUGCGAAAGCGGAGGCCCUUGAAGCAGCCAAAGCUGCGGAGGCCAGCGGUGCUGCUAGUGAAGAUUCAAAAGGGGAUUCACACGGGGCCAGCUGAGUGAUUUGGGCUUGGAUAUACAACCCCAUCUCAACCAAACAUAGACAGCUCAUAUACUGUCAUACCCAGACUUUCAGACCCCAGGCAUAUAUGGCAGCUCUUGGGGCCCUGCAUGUAACCACACCCAGGGGAAAGGUGUUGAAGCCGCAUGGAAAUCAGGUCACAGAUGCCAGGCCCAGUUCCAAUUAGGAUAGCCACAUAGACAUAAUAAUCAAGGUUCCAAUUCC